UAGCAGCAAUUUUGCCGUUUUGAUUAAUAUAAAAUUUUAUAUACCGUUUUAAAUUUUUUGUUAAUAUUUUAUACCUUAGGCUCCGGACUCCAUUAAAGUUUGAAAGAUUUGAAGUUUUGAGUUGUUUCAAGUCUAUCAAGUUGCAAUCUAUUCAAUUAGUGAUUUGUAAAGUUUCAUUCUAAUUAAUAAUGGAAAAAUCACCUAAAUACACGUCUUAUUAUUUUAUAAUCUUUAAAAAUUUCUACCAUUUUAAAAAUAUAUUCAACAAUUCUCUCUCUCGUUAAUACAUCCCUAUCUCCUAAAAAUACAUCAUUCCCCUCUUUGAUACUUUCCUCAGCUAUGUAAUUGGAUAUUUUAUCUCCUCUUUGAUAUAUUUCGAAUACAUCGCUAACCUAUGUAUCCGGACGUAUGAAUUAGAGUUAUUGAAGCGAUUGAAUAUUGCAUUGACAUGCCCGUGAAAAGGUUAGCCCACACCAUUUUUACAAGGUUGAGGCCCAAAUAAUUCUGGUCCACACACCAUUUGUAUUUGUAUUUGUAUUACUCCAAUCUCCCUCUCUAAACUGUAACCAGAAAAAUCAUGUGGGCCUCGAUGAGCCUUUCACUUGCCGCUCCGGCACCAUUCGCCACCACUAAACCGGCGGCGAAUUGUCUUACGCCCGGAGCUCCGAGGAAGUUUCAGCUCUACUCGCAGCUUAGAAACCUCGAUUUAGCAUAUACGGCGGAGCAAAAGCAGAAAAUUCAGAAGAAAUCGCAAACAAAUCAUUUAGGUUAUACGGCAGAGCAGAAGCAGAGAUUUUGGAAGAAAUCACAAACAACGAACAUACAACAAGCAGAAGAAGAACGAGUACAAGUAGAUUUAAAGGAUGAAGAGAAGAAACUUACUGGAUUUGACGUAUUGCAGGCACUGGAAAAAGCAACGGCACGGAAAAUGAAGAAGAAGAGACAUGGAAGAGAUAGUUCAUCGUUAAGUAGUAGUAGAAAAGUGAGUGAACAAGCAGCAGAGGAUGAAGCUAUGGCGGAUUACGGUAGCAAAAUUGUUCGACCAUUGAGCAUAAGAGAAGAUUGGGGAACUCGUUUGGAUGAACUGGAAAAAAGACUUAAUAGCUUCAAGAUGCACAAUUGCUAAUACUAAACAUACACACACGAAAAAAAACAAUUUUAUUGUGUUUUUAGCGUAGUACACCCUCUAAUUUUAUACUUAUUAGUGAUAAAUUAUACUUUCAAGUUUGAUCUUUUGGGAUCAUCAAUACUAUAGUGUGUAAAAAACUUGAACUACUCAAAAUUUCAACAAUGUGAUAUUCGUGUAAUUUUAUUUUUC